GUUAUUUUGGAAAAUACCUGAACAAGUACAACGGUUCCUACAUCCCUCCAGGUUGGCGAGAAUGGGGCGGUCUCAUAAUGAACUCCAAGUACUACAACUAUUCCAUCAAUAUGAACGGAAAGAAGAUAAACAUGGUUUCGACUAUCACAAGGAUUACUACCCAGAUUUGAUAGCGAACGACUCUAUAGCCUUCCUGCGCCACUCUAAAAAGCAGUACCAACACAAGCCGGUUAUGCUGACCAUGUCAUUCCCAGCACCGCAUGGUCCUGAAGACUCAGCACCGCAGUACUCGCAUUUAUUCUUCAACGUUACUACUCAUCAUACCCCGUCAUAUGACCACGCGCCGAACCCAGACAAGCAAUGGAUCCUCCAAGUUACAAGAAACAUGGAACCCAUACAUCGACAAUUCACCAACUUACUGAUGACCAAGAGAUUGCAGACGCUCCAAUCUGUAGAUGCUGCCGUGGAAAGGGUCGUAAACGAGCUGAGGGACCUAGGGGAACUUGAAAACACCUACAUCGUGUACACUAGUGACCACGGUUACCAUCUUGGACAGUUUGGACUUAUCAAGGUAAGACUACAUAUUUUUAUACAAAAUUUCACUACUAUGAAUCUAGUUUUCCAUGGAAUAUCUUGUUAA